UCGGGAGUUGAUCCAGUUGCGGGUACGCGUCGUCGUUUUGCGAGCGUCGGAACGUCGCCGCUACCGCGAGUGUUUGUAUCCGUCGCAUUCCGUUUUCUCCGUUGGUUGAGGAGAGAGGAGAGGAGAGAAGAGUAGAGGCACGUGCUAACGUCGUUGACCCAAACGGUUAUUCGCCAAGCCUUCGGCCCUCGGCGAAACUACCGAGGGACUUGUUUGCCUUUAGCGCUGGAUUUAACCGAACAUAACCUAGAACCCGUAGCACAAAGAGAGUCGGUACCUCGACGCGAGGGUCGGAUCUCCGUUCUCAUCUCUCAUUUCUUUCUCAAGAAGAGAGCGAGAUCGAGAGAGUCUCGUCGACGGGUGAAUUCUACGGAUAUAGGCGUCGAAACUCUGCGUCAUCUCGACCACGUGACAACGGGCCGACUGUCAUUUGUCAACCGUUGUCAAAAUCCUCGCAUCCACCCUCCAGAUUGCAACAGGAGGAGGCCGAGAGAGAUAUCUACGAGUAAUCUGUCUCUUGGCAAGAGCGGGUUACAAGGGCGGGAAUGAUCCUGGCUGGAAGUUGACGAUAACCAGUCUCAGCCGAGUCCUUCUUCCGGAGGCCUUAGCUCGGUCAGCGGCACGACUAUCGUCGCCCUUGCGGACCGCAGACGCGUAAAGCGUGGUGGCGGGAAUUGUGCGAGUGAAAGGAGAUGAAAGAUAAAGGGGAAAUCACGUCGUAAAAACCGCGAAGCCCUACGUCUCGCCUAAUUGACAGGGCGAGGGGAAAAGGCGAGGCUUCAGCCGUCCUCGCUAAGGAAAGAUCGCAAAUUUACGGCCGAGGGCCAAAUUCGAUCGAGCUAACGAGUAACGGCUUUCGCCUAAACAGGGCCGAAAAAGGACCCUUAAAUUUCGAGCGAGAGGAAUUUUCUCACCCGAUUCGAAAAAGGGAGGAAACGCGUCUUUGGGUGGUAUUUUCUUUCUUUCUUUCUUUUUUUUUUUUUUUUUUACUUACGCAUUUGAAGAGGAAGAAAUUGGGGGACGAAAAGAAAGAAAGAUACUUUUCUCCUGAGCCGAGAGACGUCGAAACAGACACGAAGGCCCUGAUUCGAGCUUACAUGCCAACCGGAUGGGGGAGGACGAGCUAAUAUCGUUCUCUUCGCUGGUUUGAUUGAUGAUCGGCGGAGAAAAGUCGCCGCGGCGAAACAGCUCCGACUUCCGGUGCAGCCAGUAACGCGUCUCACACCUGUCAAAAGAGUUCCUCGAUCCCGGAAGUGAUAAUCAUGAAAGUUGAGCUGCCGAUGCGGCCUGGAUCAGGAUGCGAAAUUCCUCGAUGAUCUGACCUUGGGAUAAACGAGUUUUUCGCACAAAUGGGUUAAACGAUACGCGAGAAGACCGCGAUGGACGACGCCACGCUCAUUUACGUUUUGCAAAAUGGCGAUCGGGGCGGCGGAGUUGAACAGGAAGUACAAAGAGUCGAAACGGAUCACGGAAUCCUCUCGUUUUUAUUGUCGAGAAAUCUUAUGCUUUCCUUCGUCUUUAUCGGGUCUGAUUUAUCAGUGCAAAAGUUAUGAUAAUUCACGUGCUGCUGCUGAAAAAAAUUGUUGUCAUUGUGGAUCGUGGAUACAUGAUAGUAGAGAAGAAAUAUUGAGGAUACUCUCGCGUAUAACGUGCUGGAAAAUUAAUCGGAACUAGUUAGAUCAAUUUUUAUACCGAUAAAUUGAAGGUGUACAUCAUUUUUGUCGGGAUUAUCAGUCGACUUAUUGCAUUUUUAUACUUUGUAUUUAAAUACUUUUUAUGGAAACUUUUCCUUUUCUAUUACUUUACACUCAUAACGAAACGGCCAUACGAAAUUCUUUAUUUUUCGAUUGUGUUCUCGAUUCGACGUACGCUCGCUGUUUAAUGUUUAUCCUCUGUUUCACCACAUUUUAUUAACUUCUUUUGAUCUGGUAUUUUUUAUCAAAGAGAAGUGGGCCGAGUUGGGGAGAAACAAGCUGCGUAGAAUUUUGUUUGUAUCCAUUAGCUUCUACCAUAUAUGAUACUGUACGCAAAUUCAGUUCGUGGCGCAGCGAUAGUCGAGAAUUUUUUGGUUUAUAUUUUUUGGGAAUGAGAAAUAUUGAGAUUAUUUUCAAAAAGUGUGAAUAAUCAAAUAAGCAAAGCAGGCGUUUUCGCAUAAAUACAAAUUCGUUCAAUUUUACUGAACACGAGGUUUAAUCGGGACUUUUAUAAAAUAACACAUUAAUCAAUUCCAAAAUUGAGAAUCAAUGAGAUUGAAUCAAGCCAAAGUAUCAUUAAAUAAUUACCAGUGCAGUGGGAUAUCAAAAAGUGUUGUCUGCGCUAUCAGAAGGUAUCUGUGUACCUGUAACGUCCGCGAGUGUUCAGUGCUUAAAUUUUAGUAACGACAAAAAAUAAAUAAAUAAAUAAAUAGACAAAUAAGUUGAUAAAUAUCUAUAAAUAUUCGGUGUAGAAGAAAAAGAAGAAAACAUUAGUAUUAGGCUCGUAAAACACUCUCUUUUUUUCGCGACUCACUCUUUUGUAAAUCAAACCGUCGUGAAAAUUAUUUUUUAAACAAAAAUAAACACAGUUUCAAUAUAUUGUACGCAUGUACGAAUAUUUAAUUAUCCAUCGUCGCAUCUGGCGCCUGUAAAUAUAUUGCGUGUAUGUGUAACUACCCAUAUAAUAUAUAUUUAACGAGAGAACGAAGGUAAAUAAUCUGCUCACGUACAUGAUAUCAAAUUAAAAGAAACGAGUGUGUAAUAAUUUAUUAGUGAAUUGUUAAUUCGCGAUGGUUGUAAUCUCGGGUGGAGACGCCGGCAUUCAAUUGCUAGGCUCUCUGGUACCGCGUUGCGUUGUUAAACAAACAACCGUGAAACGAUGCGUCGCCGCACUUCUCCUCGUCUCCAUCUUCAGCAUCUUUUAUUACACCUACUAUGUGAUCAGCAGUCCAUUUGCCAGCCUGAUUCACCGGGACACGAGACCCGAGCCCGCCAUAAGAUGUUCGACGCUUCGAGGGGCGACGAGAUUGCCGACAGCUCCGGAUCAUCGUAGCGAAGCUCGACUACGAAUCGACCCUAAGGUUCUCGUCUUCGUUGAAACAUUGUACUCGAAGUUGGGCCGAGAAAUCGAAGACCUACUCGUUUAUAACAGGAUAAAGUACAAGGUUGAGGUCGCCGGAAAGUCCCUGCCGGUGCUGACCAACCUCGACAAGGGCCGCUACGGUGUUCUAGUCUUUGAAAAUUUAAACAAGUAUCUGCAGAUGGACAAAUGGAAUCGAGAACUACUCGACAAAUACUGCAGGGAAUACUCCGUUGGCAUAGUGGGUUUUGCUCCGCCAGGCGAAGAGAGUUUAGUCGGUGCUCAGGUGAAGGGUUUCCCGCUCUUCAUACACACCAACCUCAGGUUAAAGGACGCGCAACUUAACGCGGCAUCACCUAUACUCCGGUUAACCAGAGCCGGUGAGACUGCGUGGGGACCACUUCCGGGUGGUGAUUGGACUAUUUUUCACGCUAAUCACAGCACGUACGAGCCGUUGGCCUGGGCGUACAGAGACACCUUGGAUUAUCCGACGAAGAAAACCCCGCUGGAAACCGUUGUACAGGAUCAUGGACGCUACGACGGUAUCCAGAGGGUGCUUUUCGGGGGAGGUCUUCGUUUCUGGCUCCACAAAUUGCUACUUCUCGAUUCGUUGUCGUACCUAUCUCACGGUCAGCUGAGUCUCAGCCUUAACCGGAUGAUAUUGGUAGACAUUGACGAUAUAUUUGUCGGUGAAAAAGGGACGAGAUUGAAGAAGGACGACGUUCUCGCCUUACUUGCCACCCAGCAAAGGAUUCAGGCUCUCGUGCCGGGGUUCAAAUUCAACUUGGGGUUUUCAGGGAAAUACUUUCACCACGGUACGACGGAGGAGAAUUACGGCGACGAUAUGAUUCUCGAAAACGUCGACAGAUUUACGUGGUUUUCCCACAUGUGGAACCACCAACAACCCCACCUCUACGAGAAUGUAACGCAUCUACAGCUGGACAUGGCGUUGAACAAACAGUUCGCUAAAGAGCACGGUAUCCCAACUGGGAGUGGUUACAGUGUCAGUCCGCAUCACUCGGGAGUUUAUCCGGUUCACGAGGGUCUCUACGAGGCUUGGAAAAAGGUGUGGAACAUCAAAGUUACAAGCACUGAAGAAUAUCCUCAUUUAAAGCCCGCGAGGCUCAGGAGGGGCUUCAUUCACCGGAAUAUCAUGGUUCUGCCAAGACAGAUAUGUGGUUUGUUCACUCAUACGAUAUUCAUAGAGCGGUAUCCCGGGGGAAGAGAUAAGCUGGACGAAUCCAUACAAGGAGGGGAAUUGUUUCAAACUAUCGCCUACAAUCCUAUCAAUAUUUUCAUGACGCAUAUGUCGAAUUAUGGGAACGACCGAUUGGCACUAUACACCUUCGAAUCGGUGAUAAAGUUCAUUCAGUGUUGGACCAAUUUGCGACUAUCCAGUGCACCGCCGUUACAGUUAGGCGAGAAAUAUUUCCAGCUUUAUCCAGAAGAGGCAGAUCCUAUCUGGGGUAAUCCAUGCGACGAUCCAAGACACCAGAAAAUAUGGUCUCGUAACAAGACCUGCGACCAGCUACCAAGGUUCCUUGUUAUUGGUCCACAAAAAACUGGAACCACUGCACUUUACACGUUUCUAUCCAUCCACCCGGCUAUCAGCAGUAAUCUUCCCACUCCCGAUACCUUCGAAGAGAUCCAAUUCUUCAAUGGAAAGAAUUAUUACAGAGGACUGGAUUGGUACAUGGGCUUCUUUCCCGUUGCUAAGAACGAUAGCGCACGUUACCUUUUCGAAAAAUCCGCAACAUACUUUGACGGAGAGCUAGUACCACGUAGAUCGCAAGCUCUUCUACCUCGAGCUAAAUUGAUUACCAUUUUACUGUCACCUGCGAGGAGGGCAUAUUCGUGGUAUCAACACACUAGAGUCCACGGCGAUCCAGUAGCGAACAAUUAUACGUUUCACAGCGUGAUCACAGCUAGUGACACAGCGCCAAAGCCUCUCAGAGACUUGAGGAACAGGUGCUUGAAUCCUGGAAAAUAUGCCCAGCAUUUGGAGAGAUGGUUGUCAUACUACCCACCGCAGCAGCUGCAUAUCAUUGACGGAGAACAGCUGAGACACAAUCCGGUCGAGACGUUACACGAAUUGCAGAGAUUUUUAAAAAUAACACCAGCUUUUAAUUACUCUACUCACCUUAGGUAUGAUCCCAAAAAGGGAUUUUUCUGUCAAGUGACAAACGAGGACCAUACCAAAUGCCUUGGGAAAAGCAAGGGGCGGCAGUAUCCACCUAUGGAGGAUAGGUCUUAUAAAUUACUGCAGAGGUACUAUCUGUCGCACAACACGGCUUUGGUGAAGCUUUUCAAACGACUUGGAUCGAGAACAAUUCCACAAUGGUUGAAGGAUGAUCUCACGGAUACAGUGAUGACCUAACCAACUGCUGUUGCCAUCGACGUAAUUUGUCAAUCGUCGCUUCCAUGGAAGCACACCUGUACAUUGCUCCGGCAGAUCUGUAAUUACCUGUAUAUUUAAUACUAUAAACAAAGUUUUUAACGACGAAGAAGAAUGAAUAGUAAAAAGGCCUACAUUGUGAGCCUACUUUAAGUGUAAAAGCAAAGCAAAACUAGUCAUUAAGAAUUAUUGUGACGAUGGAACAGUAACAGCAUCGUCAUUGCAUCGUGAAUACCUAAAGACGUCAAACUCUCAAAACGCCAGUGCCAUACGUAUAUUAAUUAUUAGUCAACCGUGGCAUAAAAUAUUGUACAAUCGAUUUGGUGUUUCCAUUUAGGAACGGUUAGUGUAUUACGAUAUAAAACAGAAAAACAAUUUUCAAUGCCUUGGUCUUGGUCAAACGCACGUUUGUUGUAAAAUUGAGAGACACCUACGUAAUUAUAAAUAAAUCAGCUUGAAGGAAGAGAGACUGUUCUAGCGUGGCAACUAAUUCAAGAUUAAGAAUCUAUGUAUGAAUAAAGAAUAGAUCGGAAACACUGUGUUGCCAGUUUCGCAGUGAAACGUCUUUAGCGACAUUAUGAAAAUAUUUUGUGUUGAAAUUAUAAACUGUAAAUACUUUAACGUCGACUAAAUUGUUUCAUAGCUGGAAAAGAACUAAGACGAUCUCUUGGAAUUCGUAUUGACUCGAGGGACGUAAGUUAUCACGAUUCAAAACAUUUCUAAGAAUACCUGUAUGAAAUUUUCACACUAUCAUGAAUUUUUCUAUGUUUACUUUAGGCUAACUUUAUUUUAUUGAAAAUGUACUUUCAUCGACGUGGCUAUAGAUUCUCUGUUUUUUAUCAACUUACGGACAGUAGUCCUAUACCUAAUCGUCUAAUGAAUGUACCUACGGGUGAGAUGAAAAAAACUUUCGGAAACAGUGUAUAAUUAUUUUCGUCGAAUCUGUUUAGACAAUGCAAAGGAGAGACGAUAAAAAUCAAAUGUGUCUAUGUAUAUUUUGAGAAUACUGUUACGAGUAACGGAAUUUAAAUGAACCUAAUUGGAUCGCGUCCGUUUGUAGAUUUGGUGUGAUAUGCUAUUUUGAUGUGAAAAUAGAUGAAUUGUGUUAAACGAAAAUUGUAUAUAAAUUAAAUAUUCAGAUUCAUUACGUUACCUUAUAUGCACACCUUAACAUCUUUUAAUUGUGAAUUUUAAGAUAAAAAAAGGGCCUCUCACCGCGUCCUUCGAUCAUUUUCUUGAAAUCCUAAUUUGCAAAAUAUCAAUCGAUUGGUGUAAGCCCGUUGUUAUUUGAUUAAUGAACACCCAGAGGUGGUCUAAGUGACCAAAAAAAUGCUCCAAAGCAAUGUCAAUGAUUGUGUAUAUAACCGAUUUCUACAACAUACCAGUGUCAAACAGUGCUUGACGAUUAUUAUUAAUAAGCAGAAGUCAAAAUUUUGAUAUAAUUUUGUAAAAAGAAAUCCAAAAGAAAAUGAAACUUCAUAUAUGAACGUAAAAAUCUUAGCAGUACGCACGUCGCGACAGAAAUUCUACUUAAAAUUCUGACGUAUACUCUUCAAAUUUCUACUGUAUUUUCUUUCUCCUGUAUUCCGUUUUUUCCAACGCACAGACGUGAAUGAUGCGAUGGCGUUCGCAUGUUUUUUAUGCAAACAGUUAAAUUUUAUAUUUAGUCGAUACAAAUAUACGAUUAAAGUGAUAGAUUUUUAUUUUUAUUCUUACUAAUCAACGGUACAUUGAAUUUUAGCAUAUACUUUUAAUAGAGAUUAUUUUAAUGAUAUAUUUUUAUUGUUAUUUUGUAUAUUAUUUUACUUUGUUUUUCACCGUUACCCAACGGUAAUGUUUAACGAAUCAUGUACAAAGUUAAGUGUUGAUACUCUAUUAUUAUCUGUUAAUUAAAUGUGCCAUUUUACUGGUGUUGUAAAUAUCAAAUUAGCCUGAUCGAUUAUAUAGGAUGGAUAAUAAAUAAUAUAGUAUGUUGGUUCAUGUGGUAAAUCGCGGCGGUGAAGUCGAUAAUCAAAACUCUUCGAGACUUGUUCGGUUGAUUGGUCUACUGAUUCUAUCGGCUGACAAUAAAAUUUGAAAUCAAUUUAUAAAGCCACACGAACAAAUAUAUACAUUUUUAUUUUUCCAGUCAUACUAACUUGUGCAUAAUUUAUGUAUAUUGUAUGUGUACAUACUUAACAGGGAAUUACAUUGCCGAGAAUUGAUGUACACAUUGAAAAAUUGCAAAAAAUCACGAGAGAAAAAUGAUACCAUAUACAAUUGGUGUACAACAUUGUAAUAGGAUUCUCAUUAUUAAACUUAUAAAACUACAAUAAUGUUAAUAAUAAUUCUAUUGUAAAAUAAUGUAAUGAAUGUACGAAUAGUCGAUAAGUUCUGAUAAAAGUAAUAAUCAAAAA